AUGGCUACAACUUCUAAUACAAAUCUUCCAACUGUGGAUCAUAAUGUGAAUACAGUUGUUAGUGAUGAUCAAAAAACAAAACAUGAGGACGAAGCAAGAAAAUCACCAUUAUCAUCAAUUGAUAAUGAGCAAGGUGGAAAAACAACAAAAAAGGUCGAUGAUUUGAAUAGUACUGUACAUGCAGAUAAACUAUCAUCAGUAGAAUCUUCUCAUCAAGGUAUGAAGACAAAUAUAAUAUCUUUAAUAUCAAAUAAUUUAUUAGAUAUUAAUAUAGAUAAAAAGAAUGAAGGCAAUACAGUUGGAACAACUCAACAUAAAGAAGAAUCUAAAUCAACACCUGUUUCUUCUACUUCAACUACGACUAAUACAACAAAAACGACAGUUAAAACGCCUUCUAGUAGUCCAACUCCAGAUAAAGAUAAUAAAAAAGUUGAAACAAUAACAACAACAACAGUUACUUCUACAUCUAAUAAAGAUCAUGAUAUACAUGAUCAUAGUAAUUUUACAAUUGGAAAAGGUGAUUCAAAACAUUUAACAGAUUUUCAACGUCAAAAAGCAAAAUAUUUUUUUCAUGUUAAUCUUGAUAUUGAAAAUAAAGAAUUUGUAACAUGGAAAGAUGUUGAAUUUUAUUUAUUAUUUCAUGUAACAGCUGCAAGAAAAGAAGGUUCAGGUGGUGGUGAUUUAGAAGCACGUUUAAGUCGAGCUACAAGAGCUUUUUGGGAACAUAUUCAUGAUCAAAUACCAUUAGUUGAUGGAAAACGUGAUACAUUAACAUUAGAUCAAUUUCUUGAUACAUGGGCGAGUCUUGUUGAUUAUGUUGUUCGAACAAAUCAAUUACCUCCAAUUGUUCAUGAUUUAGUUAAACUUGGUUUUGAAUUAUAUUCAACAGAUGAUUAUAAUGGUGUAUCAUCAACAAUUCAACCUUCGGCAUUUGAUCAACUUUUUCAAAAUAUGAAUUUAAGUCGAACACAUGCUAUUAUGGCCUAUCAAUUUCUUACUGAAAAUGGUACAAAACCAUUAGAUGCUGAUAAAAUUGAAUCAAUUGUCAAAGCAGUAAUUACAUCCUCGGAUGUAGAACAUGAUUCACAUUUUCUUCUACCUGGUUUUUUUAAAGUAAUAGCAAGUAGAAAAGAUAAUGUUAAAGAAAAAACAAAUCAAUCAUCUUCACCAGUUCCCGAUAAGGAUCAAUCCGAAGUUCAUGAUGUAUCUUCAUCAAAGUCAACUUCUCAAACACAACAACCAACUACAUCAUCAUCUACUCAAUCACAACCCACGCAAAAAACUUCUUCAACAACUGUACAAGCUCAAAAUCCAUCUGAACCAUUUUCUCAAAAUCAAGUUAAUAAUGGUUCUACAUUGGAUUCAUUGAAUAUACAACAACAAAAUAUAUAUCCAUCAUCUGAAACAUUACCACCAAGAGUUGUCAUUCAAAAUGAAGAUGACAAUAUUCGUCAACUUUUACGUUUUUAUCAUAUAGAUGAUGGUGAUACUGUUGAAGUUGCCGAUGGUUCUGUACCACGUGUUGUUUUUGUUCAUCCUGAACGACCUUUACCACCUUAUGUUCAACAAAAUCCACAAGUAUAUCAAAAUUUACAACGAGAUCCAACAAAUAUUAUAGUACAACCACAAGCUGGACUCAAUGUUUUACCUAAUUUAAUGCAAAAUAAUACGAAACCAUUUCAACAAACAACUACAACAACAACAACAACAGAAACAAAGCCAAAAGUAACAUUAGAAGAACGUUUAUCUCGUGGUGAAACACAACAAGGUCCUACAAUACCAAUUCGUCCAGAUCAACAACAAGGUGGUAAUACAUCAACAACACGUAUACGUCAAGUAUAUCCACAUAUAAGUGAAAUUCAACAAGAAGAACAAUUAAAACAAGCUAAACUUCAAGCAAAUCAAAAUCUUAUUAAUGAAAAAAAACCAAAAGAAGAAACUUCAAUUAUUAAUGAUGUAUCAUCAAAUAAACAAGAUAAAAUAAAAGAAAAAAAAGAAAUAACACGUGAAGAUGAAGAAAAACUUGUUGCUACUAUAUUACAAAGAUUAACUCCAAUAGUUGAAAAAAGAGUUUCAGAAGAAUUACAUCGUAUACAUAGUGGUGAAAAUGAUCAAGAUGAUAAUCUAGAAUUUAUACCAUUUCCAUUUAUGUUUACAACUGGUGCUGUUCCUUUUUUUGUACCUCCACGUGGAGGUCCACCACCACAAGCAUUUAGACCACCACCAUCACCAACUGGACAACAACAACAACAACAACAACAAAGUUUUCAACAAAAUAGAGCAGAUCCAAGACAACAACAACAACAACAACCAAAACAACAGCAAGCAAAUUUACCUAGAGAAGCUGAAUAUAUUGGACUACCACCAGGUGCUGCAUUUUUACCUCCUCCAAUAAUUAUGGCUAUGAUGAGUGAUUUAGCAAGAGGAGGUAUGGCAGGUGAAAUACCUGUUUUUCCACCAAAUAUGCCACCUCCUCCUCAUGGUCCAGGUGGUAUGCCUGCAGGUCUUGAAGGUUUUAUGAUGUUUGUUGAUGAUGAACCAAUGAUGGAUCUUCCACCUGGUUUUCCACUACGUCCAGAACCUCGCUUUUAA